AACAGUUUGGUAAAACUGAACCGAACCGUUCACAAUUUCACCCGAGUUGAACUGAACUGAUUUUAUGGUUUGGUGCACCAUAAACUGGUUUUUGAACCAAACCAGUGAUGUUUGGAAACCAAAUUGUUCCUGAACUAUUCAUCCCUCACCCCAUAAAUUAUUCACAUAACAUAAACAAUCAUUCAUACUAAACCGUGGGAGAAAAAUUUAAUUUGUGAAAUCGAAAAGAUUGCAGAAAUGUCUUUGUCGCUGCAUCAUCACAGUCCCUCUCUUCCAAAUCUCGCUAACAACAAUCAGUGCUAUUUUUGAGGUUUUGAGUUACAACGGAUGCACAUAACAUGUUUGAUAAAUUUCUCAAAUGAAAAUUCAGCAUGCAUUUCUUGUUGAACUCCGCUUUCAAACGCUAUUGGCUCCAAAAUACGAGUACCCACAAGUUCCAAUUACUUUCAGUGUCCCUCUUUUCCACAUUGCACCCAAUAUCUACACCACCCCUGUUGCAAGACCUCUGCGACAUUGUCACCAGCACUGUUGGUGGACUAGAUGAUCUAGAAUCAUGUCUAAAUAAGUUUAAGGGUUCUUUAACUUCACCACUUGUUGCUCAAGUUAUUGAUUCCGUUAAACAUGAGGCACACACUAGAAGAUUGCUCAGAUUCUUCUUAUGGUCGAAUAAGAAUUUGAGUAAUGAUUUGGAAGAUAAGGAUUAUAAUUAUGCUCUUAGAGUUUUUAUCGAAAAGAAAGAUUACACGGCUAUGGAUAUCUUGCUUGGAGAUUUCAAGAAGCAGGGUAGAGUCAUGGAGGCUCAAACUUUUGGUGUUGUAGCGGAGACUUAUGUUAAACUCGGAAAAGAAGACGAAGCAUUGGGUAUUUUCAAGAAUUUGGAUAAGUAUAAAUGUCUUAUUGAUGAAUUCACGGUUACUGCUAUUAUUAAUGCUCUUUGCUCUAAAGGGCAUGCUAAGAGAGCUGAAGGUGUAGCUUGGCAUCACAAAGACAAGAUUAAAGGAGCGCUACCUUGUGUUUAUAGAAGUCUUCUUUAUGGUUGGUCUCUGGAGAGGAAUGUGAAGGAAUCUCGGAGAAUUAUUCAAGAGAUGAAGACAAAUGGGGUAACCCCAGAUUUAGUUUGCUAUAAUACAUUCCUUAGGUGCCUUUGUGAAAGAAAUCUCAGAAAUAAUCCUUCCGGACUUGUGCUGGAAGCUUUGAAUGUGAUGAUGGAGAUGAGGUCUUAUAAGGUUUUUCCAACUUCAAUCAGUUACAACAUUUUGCUUUCUUGUUUGGGGAAGACUAGAAGAGUUAAGGAAUCUUGUCAAAUACUUGAAGCAAUGAACAAAUCUGGUGUUGCUCCAGAUUGGGUUAGCUAUUAUCUGGUGUCAAGGGUUUUGUUUCUGAGUGGUAGAUUUGGUAAAGGGAAAGAGAUAGUGGAUCAAAUGAUUGAAAAAGGUUUGGUACCAAACCAUAAGUUUUAUUACAGUUUGAUUGGUAUUCUCUGUGGGGUUGAAAGGGUAAAUCAUGCUCUUGAUUUGUUUGAGAAAAUGAAAGGAAGCUCAGUGGGAGGUUAUGGACCGGUUUAUGAUGUGCUCAUUCCAAAGCUUUGUAGAGGAGGGGAUUUUGAAAAGGGAAGAGAGCUUUGGGAUGAAGGCACAUAUAUGGGCAUCACUCUUCAAUGUUCAAAGGAUGUUUUGGAUCCUUCAAUAACAGAAGUAUAUAUACCUAAAAGACCAGAAAAAAUCAACGUUGUGGAUAGCCCAAAAGCCAAGUCUCAGCAGAAACUUUCAAAUUAUUUUGAGAGAAUGAAAAUGAGAAAAGCUGCAGCAUGGAAGAAGAAAACGAAAAAGAAAUCUGAAGCAUCUUAAUUUGUAAUUUAUGUAGUCUUUGUGAACAAACAAUUUAUAAUAAUACAUUAACUUUGUAUUACUGCA